UGCAACCCGGAAGAGUUGCCUUCUCCGACUAGCGGUUGUGGAGGCGAGAAUGAGCACUUUAUUUUCUGGAGAAACGAUUCAACUCGAUGCUGCAAACGUCGUGUGUGUGUCCUAAUGUCCCGUUGUGGGGGUGAAGCCAGUCCGCGGUGAGUAGCGGUGCCCCUUCCCCCCCAGCCCUGCUCUGUGUACGGGACUGGAUACCCUGCUCUCACUUAACACACAACUCAUUAUUACAAGAGGAGACCAACAUGGCUGAACUACACGUUGAGCCGAGCGGAACCGGUACCGUGGAGCCCGAACACGUCCGGGGCUCGAUGCGGCUGGCGGCGCCCGCCUUCGUGGCCCCCCCGCGGGGGGGGCAGAGCCCCGGCGGGGGGGGCCGGUGCGGGUCCGGGUCCGGGUCCGGGGCCGGGCCAGGGCUCCCGGCCGAGGGGCCGCGCUGGGUUCGGCUCAACGUCGGCGGGACCUACUUCAUCACCACCAAACAGACCUUGUGUCGGGACCCGAAGUCCUUCCUGUUCCGACUGUGUCAGGAAGACCCGGACCUGGACUCCGACAAGGAUGAGACAGGAGCCUACCUUAUCGACAGGGACCCCACAUACUUUGGCCCUAUUCUGAAUUACCUUCGACACGGAAAACUGAUCAUGGACAAAAAUCUGGCGGAGGAAGGUGUUCUGGAAGAGGCUGAGUUCUACAACAUUGCAUCCCUGGUGAGGCUGGUGAAGGAGAGGAUACGGGACAAUGAGAACCGCACAUCCCAGGGCCCCGUGAAGCACGUGUAUCGAGUCCUGCAGUGCCAGGAAGAGGAACUCACUCAGAUGGUGUCAACCAUGUCGGACGGCUGGAAGUUUGAGCAGCUGAUAAGCAUCGGGUCUUCGUAUAACUAUGGCAACGAGGACCAGGCGGAGUUUCUCUGCGUGGUUUCCCGGGAGCUCAACAACUCCACCAACGGCAUCGUUAUCGAGCCCACUGAGAAGGCCAAGAUUCUUCAGGAGCGAGGUUCGCGGAUGUGAGGAGACCGAGAGCUACUCCACAUGAUCCACAACGACAUGAGCACAUUCUGCAGGUUUCAUUGGCCAUCACCAUUGUCAGUCACUCCCCUUUCCUCUGGUGUGCCUUUCCACAGUGGGGGCUCCCCAGCUCCUCUUCCUCAGUGCUCCAACAUCACCCUCACUUUUCUUCUAACUUAUUUGUCAUCCACUCUGAGUGGUUCUCCCCGUUGCAGCUGUUUAAUGGGAGUUGUCACGGCAGCGUGGGCUGGGAUGCCAAUUGUUGACGUCAGAGGAUGGAUACCUGGCACAGAGCUACAUUAAAUCAUCAUCAUAACGGCCUUCAUACUCAAUACUCGCUCACUCUCAAAUAUAGCUCAAGCAGAACCUCCUCAGGACUCACAAAGGAGUGAAGACAACUCCAGCUGCUCGCUGCGUCUCCGCCUGUACCUACAGACAGAGAGAGCUUUGACGUCACAGACUGCUCGGCAGAUUGAGGAUGAGAAGCUGCAAUUACAUGCAGCAUGAUACGGGCUCCAACUCCUGUAUGAGCCGGCCUGCUGCAUGAGCUCCUCCAGUCGCUGAAGCCGCUUGAUUGAGUGGUGAUGAACCAUAACAUUCCUCUCUUCCCGUUUUCCUGUUUUCUGCCUCAGUUUGAUCCGUUAGAUUUAGGAUGGUUCCACGCAGAAGGAAAAGCAGGCAACUAAAACCAGACUUUAACAUCAACAGUGUAACACUUGUGGAGGCAUGUGAGGAUCUAUAUACGUUCAUGUACGCUAUGCGAGGAAAUUAUUUGGAAAAGUGAAUGCAAAUGGUGUAAUUACUCAUUUCUGUAUCAUAGUUGUGAUAUAUUUACAUAUUCUUGUGAUUGAGUCUAUUUAAACAAAGAAAAGUUAUAUCAGUUUUCCUAACCAUUGGGAGCGUCCAUGGACCUGGAUUUAAGUGUGUGCUAGCAGGGCUGGUGACUGAAAUAUCACACUUUCAGCUGCACGUUUUCAGUGGUUUUUCCUCACAAGAGCACAUUUCUCUUCAUUUUCCUACUUUGAACUAGUGUAUAUCUUAAAAUUGUAACUAGGAAUAUAGAAGAAUAAUGUCAUUGUUUUUGCAGCCGAGGGCUGGUGUGGUGGGUUUUAGACCUUCCCCCAGCCUGCCGAUUCACAUCCUCCACAUGCGAUCCUGCUGGACCUGUUUGCUCUCAUAUCAACUUCUGGUUGUCGCUGCUCCUCGAUUUAACACUCUCUGAUGUUGUCUUACAUUCUGCAGAUCGUGUAGCAACUGUGGUGAAAGCUCGACUUCACCAGUCAGUCAAAGCCCUGAGACGCCUGAGCCUGCUUUAAUACAGAAGGGGGGCGUCUUCAGUCUGCUCAGCCUUGAUUUUCAGUGCUUUGAUAUUUUGUUUGUGUGCCAACAGACAGGUACUGGCUAAGCUUAAGUAUGUCUCCCUUGUUCUGUAUGAAGGGGACGUUUUUGAAACGUGUAAAAACCCUCCCGACUGAAUCCAGUUCACAAGUCGACUACAGAAAUAAUAUUGCUCACAGUCAUGACUUCAUGAAGGGAAAAAAUAGGGAAAAUAUCAGACCUAACAUGUACAAAUAUACGCAGAAGCAUGUAUUGGUCAUUUCUUUUCCCUGCUUGAUGAAUGACUCCAGAAUUUGAAUUAGCAGUAAAAGUGGUGAGCAGCUCCAGCUCAGCUGCAGGGCUGGAACUGCUGGAAAAGCAGCUGCACUCUCCGUUUGAGCCAUAUUUACACAUAUCGGAUUGAAAAUGUAAGGUUUCAUCCACAUUCUGACGGCUGCUUGAGAGCUAGGGAGGGUCCGCUGUUUGCAUAUCAUCACUGGCGUCGGCCGCUUUGAUAUCUAACCGUCUGUAUUCCAUGCAGUUACACCAAGAGUGCGUCUGAAAAAGUACCUUGGUACUCGCUCCCUGACAUGUGCAGUCGGGCUGAUGUGAAGUUUCUUUGUUGCCCCCCCAAGUGUGUGUGUGUGUUUGUUGUGCAGUUAUAUUCUGCUAAUCAUGUGUGUUAAUAAUCCUCAACGGUUUCGUAGAGACCACCUCUUUGGGUGCUUUCAGACCUGUGACCCGUUUGUUUUGUUCCGAUUCAGGGGCUAAAUGGAUACAGUUGUUUUGUUUUUCGUUUGUGGUGUUUGUGUUCACAAGGCAACCGUCUGUAGUGGUUCAAAGCUGUUAACAAAUGCCAUGCAUGAACCAACUGUUCUCCCAUUGGUCAGAAAUGAACACGGAAGGAGUUUCCUCUUCCGUACCCCGGGAAAAACAACAACUAUGGAGCAUCGAACCACAGUUAUGAGUGAGUUGUGUCGGUUGCUGUGUGGAUUAUGUUCUCACUGCAAACGAACCGCUCCAGGUCUGGAAUGGAAGCGAGCCGAGACCACCUCUCCUAGGCGAUCUCGGCUCGCUUGUUUUGUCCCGCAUCCGAGCGCGAUUGCUGUGAUCACAUAUACCAAACCAACCGAUCUUUAGGGGGAAACGCUCCCUGUUUUGGAACAACUGCUCCAAACGGGACAGGUGUGAAAGCACCCUUUGUUUCCUUUCUUCCCCUUCCUCUCUCUGGGCUCUAUCAAACACCUCGGGUGUUGUUUUCCUUCACCCGUGUCCGGUGUUGUGCCUUUGACCUGUGUUGUGCACAGUUGUACUCCCCUCGUAUCAGGAGGUGCCUCGUACCUUAAAGAACCAGAAGGCUCCGACCCGAUUGUCAUGUGUUGGUCUUUGGCUUCAUCUCUGUUGGUGAUUCAGCAAGAAGAAGUCGCACACAACCGUCAUCCACUUGUUUUGUUUUCAUUAGUUACUUACAAACUGAAAAUACUCACAAGCUGCUUUCUUGGUGCCGUUGCUUUUCAGCUACAGUCCCCCACAAUCCUUCACACUCCUGCAGAUGAAGCUCGGUGUCCAUAUCUGGUGUAAACACAUCCAGUGGUUGGUUGGGGGGUUUUGUACAAAGCAGAUGAAAAUGGUGAACAGCAGGGCGGCAGAGCAGCAGAGCAGCAGAGCCACCACAUGAAGCCAGUUUCACCGUUCUGCUCGUAUCUUAGUAAGAAUCCAGCAGUGCUCUUCUGAACAGGAAUGAACUCUGUCAUUUAACAGGUUUAUUUCUCGAGUCGCAUGCUGAAUCUGUGUAAUGAUGCAGUUUUUAGAUGUUUGUAAUCAAUGUUUAAAGCACUUGAUGUUCCUUUUGUCGGCCUGGUUUGAUUUCAGCUUGGUUGCAAAGUUCAGUGGUUCCCAACAUAAAAGUGGGGGAAAUGUGGGGGAAAAAGGGGAAGUUGUCGUCGUCGUCGUUGUUGUUGUUGUUUUUACGUCUAUCCUUAAGUAUUUACUGUUUAUCAAACUAGCCACACUGACAGCACGCAGCUCUGUGGAUGAUAUCGUGAACAAGUUUCACUAUCAAUGUAUAAAUUGACUAAUACUAGUCGGUGAUAAAAAGCUAACGGUUUUACUAACUGAGGUUAUAAACACAGUAAACAUCCCAGCUGCAGCGCAUCAGCAGGCUGCCUGGAUGUUGAGGAUGUUGGGAUGUUACCAUCCAAGCUGAAGUUCAGCUUCUCUGAGCUAGUAAACCUGUAGACAUUCACCUUAAAGAUGAGCUGUGAUGAUUAUUUAAGGUUCAGGGUUGAACUUUGGGCCUCCGCCAGAGCAGCUCUGUUGCAUUCAGGUUUUUAUUUUGGGAAGGUCCUCAGUUCAUUUUUUGCUCCUGUCUCUUUAAGGCCCACCCGCUCUAAAAACAUGCUAUCUUCUUGGCGACUUUGACAAACAUUGGCGAUUUUGUUCAGCGUUCAUGUCACAGCGAGCUGUAUUUGAUUGGCGGAGCUACAAACGUGCUGAAUCUCGUUAGAAAACUUAAAAAAAUAGAACUUUUUUAAACUUGUGUGUUUGCAAGCCAUCAGAAAGCCCAAAGCCCGUGUUCUUAUCUACUGUGGUAUUAGGAGUCAUUUGUAUUUUGUGCUUAUAAAUAAAUGUUGUAAAUUACUUAUUUGCUAAGUAAACAAGGUUAAAUACAGAGAGAAAAAAGACCUAGAUGCAGGCGUGUUUAUUACGCCUGUGUUUGGCUUAAAUAUGGCCGCUGACAACGUGGCCGUUUCUUCUUGAGGCAUCAAUUAAAUCCAACCUCUGGAGCGAAUCCCAGCCACGGCAUCUUCUGCAGUAGUGGUCAGGGCGUGGCGUCUGGCCCGGCUGGUUGGGAACCACUGUCCUGGAGGAAGAGCGCACAGGUGUCUUCUCACAGUUUCACUCAAAACGGCAGGAUUUUAAAACAAAAGUGGUUCGAUCAAGACUUCUUUUUACAUCCACAGCAGCUCUUUAAUCUACCGAUAAUGUGGAGUGUUACCAGAUCUGCAAAUAAAUAUCUCUGUUGUUUGGGCACGUGAAAAUGUGAGCGCAUGUAUCGUUCUAGAGAUGUUGUCAUGUACUGGAUCUGGUCUGACCUCCGUGUUAGUGCAGUGUGUGUGAUGCAUGGUGGCGGGGGAGCAGGGGUGGCGGCAUGGCUCUGGGGUUUGUAGGCGUAGAUUUCUCGCGUGGGACAUUUGGUCAACAAUUAGAUAUACUCUCUACUGAUGUGUUUUGAUUUCUUUCUUUUCUUUGAUUAAUUUACCAAUAGAUAAAGAACGUUAAUUUUUGAGUCAAAGAUGAACCAGCCAGUCACAUCGCAGACCUUCCACAUGCAGCCUUGGUUUAUAUGCACGUGUGAUGUAGAGGUUUACAUGCAACAAAAAAAAAAGAAGAAAAUAUGUCUAAAAAAUAUCAAAUGAUAAUUCAUUCAUCAUCUUGCCAGUUUAUCUGUAAACACCUGCAUGCGUUUGUGGACACGCGCACCUGUAUACUCAUUUAGAUGUACCGAAAAUGUCACCUAUUAACUUACUUUGUGUUCAUUUAUCAACAGUAUUGAUGUCAAAUGUGAAUAUUGUCGAUGGAGAUUGUGGAGAAAUGUUUGAAAGCUGACAAAACAUUUCAGUUGUUUGUUUCACUUUUAUUUAUUUUAUAUUCCUGAAUUUUGUCUACCAAUGUUGUUUCUUUACAUGUAAAUUUUAACAAAACUCAAGUCUGUUUUUAAUCAUAAAAUGUGUCUGUGUUUUAAAA